GCGCAGCAACACUUCAUCACACACAGAGAGCACCAGCUGGGGGGGAAUAUUCACCUGUGCGCUGCCAGGACGAAUUCACAAGGAUUUUCAUUCAUUUUAGCAAGACUCCGUCUUAAAGGCGCAGUGAGGGACACUUGAAACAAGAGCCCCUGCCGGACCCCUGCUUUGUCCUGUAGCCAAACAAGUUUUUUUCUGCCUUGUAUGAGUGAGAUUUUUACACAGAAACUGACCCGCAUCUGAAGCUGCUGUUUCGAUCUUAUCAUUGAUAUCGGAGAGACUGAACGCCUGGUUCCAUAAAGAGGACCGUAAUCAACCAUGGCGAGACAUGACGCCCGAAAUUGGCAUGACUGCACAAAAAUGAUCGGACUGCUCUGCUUGGUCGCGUCGAUACUUACAGAACAAGGAGUGACAGGUCAGCGAGUGAAGGUGGAGCCAGAGGUGUUGUCGUAUCCUGGCCAGACAGUCAACCUACGCUGUGCCUUCACUGAUGCCACCGGGAUUCAGCUCACAAUGGUCACAUGGCUCUACGAGCCGAAGGAAGGGGAAAGGAUCAACAUCGCUGUGUUUCACCCCAAAUUUGAACCCAACUACCCCGACUCACCUGUGAAGGGCAGGGUCAGCUUCUCACCCAGUCCCCCAAACCUGGACAGCCCUUCCAUCCAGAUUAGUGAUGUUAGGAUGACUGACGAGGGGAAGUACAUCUGUGAAUAUGCUACCUACCCAAUUGGCAACGAGCAGGGUGUCACCUAUUUGGUCAUGCUGGCUAAGCCUCAGAACUCGGCCUCCAUCGUAACAGUGGACGCAGGCACUAAGCCAGUCGUUGUGGCGCGCUGUGAGUCUGUAGAUGGCCGUCCCGCUGCCCAGAUCUCCUGGGUGACCACAGCCAAUGGCAAUGGGACAACAGUGUCUAAGCCGGGCGUCGACAACACCGUGACAGUGACCAGCGAGUACCGCAUGGUUCCCACAGCAGCAGAUAAUGGGAAAGACAUCAGCUGUGUGGUGGCACACAGGACUCAGACCAAACCAGAGAGCUUCCCAAUGAAGCUAGCAGUUCAAUACGCCCCUCAGGUGACAAUUGUGGGUUAUGACAAUAAUUGGUACGUGGGUCGUACAAAUGUGGUGCUCACCUGCCAAGCAACCGGAAACCCCGUACCGCUCUCAGUCCAGUGGAAGACUAUGUCAGGAGAGAUGCCAGACACAGUGCAGAUCAGAGACAACGAGCUGAAGGUGCUGAAGGUGGACGAGGCUGUCAACACCACUUUUGUCUGCGAGGUCAAGAACCGCAUCGGGACCAGCAGGGAUCAAGUCACAGUCUUCGUCAGAGGCACUCGUCUUCCAGAGAAAGGUCCUACUACAGGCAGCAUCAUAGGAGCCAUCAUUGGAGUCAUUAUACUGCUGGCCAUCAUUGGAACAGCCAUCGCCAUGUACCGCAAACACCGCAACAACCAACUCAAUGGAGAUGGUCCACCCAAGUACAAGCCCCCUCCCCCGAAGAAGACCGACAGCUCCGCUAACGGGCAGGGGAACGCAAGCUAUGCCCCAGUGGUUGAGGGCAGAUCGAGGACUCUGCAGGAGGAUUACUACAGUGCCCAGAGUGCUGAGCCAGUCACGGACCUGGAUGCCUACCAUGACGACGAGGAGAGGGACCAUUAUUACUCUGCUGCCCCCUCUGGCUGGGAUGAUCCCGGAAACAACGAGGUCCCGCCUCCCUACGUGCGCACAGACAGUGACCCUCAGGAUGAAUACCGGGGGCCCUAUGUCAACCGUGGGGACAGCUUUGUGUCUCCAGCCAUGUUUGUGUGAUGAGAGGGGCGUGAGAAACCACAGAGGACGUGUGUAAAUAUGUGUGCAUGUGAGACUGAGUGAGUGCUCAUUUCCGCUCAUAGAGUGAGAUCUGUCAUAGGAGAGUGAAAACUUGUGAAUGUGAACAUUUGAGGCUUAGCUGUAAAUUUUCAAGUUCAUCCACUGCAGAGCUGCUGAGUUCUGUUUUGCCUUUUUCUUGUUUAAAAAUAUUUAUAGAUCGAUAACCUGUCCUAUGAAAUAAUCUGGUUGAGUUGCGUGUUGCUCUUUUGAGAAAUCAACCAUUUUUAAGCCCUGAUCCAGCUUAAGCCAGCAAGAUACAAAAUGUUUCUAAUGUAGCUACUAUAUGCUCAACUGCACCCUACAGCUAUAGGAAUAUAAUGACAUUAUUUUUCUUAAACUGUAGAUAAAUCAUAGACAAGGUUGUUUUAAAUACCAUAUUAUGUUGAAUGUAACAUCAUAGUCAGGACAUGAAUAUGUUUUGUGUGCACUGUUGCAUGACAAGAGCAUGAAACGGUUCCUUGUUUGGUGAACAGCAAACUGCCUUGCAUUAUUCAAUGUGGAGCUGUCACACACGUUAUGGGUUGGUUAGCAGAAGCACAAUAUGUGGGUGUUACAUGUUACCUCUUUCUAGUCGUAUCUGUCUGCUGCUGUUGGUUUCCAAACCCAGGUGGCGUGAUGUCGGUGUAAAACAGGCGCCCUCUGUGAAGAAGCUUUUAGCUGCAGUUAAUCAGGCAGCACCAAGACGAGACCCACAGACCGUGACGACAUCGGGAUGUAAACUGCGGGGGG